UAUGUGCAGAGAAGAAGAAGAAGAAGAAGAAGAAGAAGAAGAAGAAGAAGAAGAAGUGUCAUUUUUCUGCAGCAAAGGAUCUGCUCAUUUUCAGAUAGAACAUUGAUCUUGUUAUGCCUUUCAUACAGACAUGGUUUACUACAUGCUAGUGAAAGGUGGUGUCACAGCUGAUGAGAGUGAUGUGUGAUGGCAGUCAGUCCUGCCUGGUCUCACUCUGAACCUCUAGUCUCCUAUUUUCACCCACACUUGUCAUCCCCCCCCACCUCCUCCUCCUGUGGUGCCUCGGUGCUGCAUCGCUCUGCCUCAUGGCUGCCGAUGAUGCUGAUGCUGAUGUCAUCACCGCCUCCCAGCAUCCCCGGCUGGCGUGCCACAGCAGCGCCGCCAUUUUCCCCUCGGUUCAGACUGACUGGCUGACCGACUGACGGACAGACAGACAGACAGACUGACGUCGGGCGGCUGGAGCAUCCCUGCAUCCAUCCUCCUGUUUAUCCAUCCGGCCGUGGCUCCUCCCUCCUCCUGCUGCCUCCUCCUGCCUCCCACUCCUCGCCUCUAAUUGACGCACCGCUCCGGCAGCAGCCCACCCAAGCGCCGCUGCUGAAGCCGAGGCGCACACCAUCUCUUUCUCUCUCUCUCUCUACCCCCUCCUCCUCUUCUCUCUCCGGCGGAUUCUCCAUGUAUGGAUGCGCCACGGAUAGGGAUGCUGUAGGCUGACGACAGGAAGAGAGGAAGACGGGGAAAAAACAAUCCAGGCUGCCGAGGAGGUCGAAGAAAGGAGCGAGCGGCGGAUUCCUUCCUUUUUGAAUGGGCAGAGGAUUCACCCUCUGCGGUCGUCGACUCUGAGCUGCUGAGGUUCCAGCUGUGUGUCAUCAGCUCUUCUCCUCGCUCACACACCCACCAGCAACAUGGCGGGGGCUUCGGUGAAGGUGGCGGUGAGGGUUCGACCCUUCAACUCCAGAGAGAUGGGGAAGGAAAGCAAGUGCAUCAUUCAGAUGUCAGGAAACACAACAACGAUCCUGAACCCCAAACAGCCAAAAGAAAACAAGAGUUUCAACUUUGACUAUUCGUACUGGUCACACACCACGCCUGAGGACAUCAACUAUGCGUCCCAGAUGCAGGUGUACAAGGACAUCGGAGAGGAGAUGCUGCUUCACGCCUUUGAAGGCUACAACGUGUGCAUAUUUGCAUACGGCCAGACGGGAGCGGGCAAAAGCUACACCAUGAUGGGCCGACAGGAGAAGGACCAGCAAGGAAUCAUACCUCUGCUGUGCGAGGACCUCUUCACCAAGAUCAAUGACAGCAAUAAUGACAACAGCAUGUCGUACUCUGUGGAGGUGAGUUACAUGGAGAUCUACUGUGAGCGUGUGCGUGACCUGCUGAAUCCCAAGAACAAAGGAAACCUGCGCGUCAGAGAGCACCCGCUGAUGGGACCCUACGUCGAGGAUCUGUCCAAGCUCGCCGUCACUUCAUACAACGACAUCCAGGACCUGAUGGACUCUGGAAACAAAGCCAGGACUGUGGCGGCGACCAACAUGAACGAGACCAGCAGCCGCUCCCAUGCCGUCUUCAACAUCAUCUUCACGCAGAAGAAACACGACAUGGAUUCGGAAAACACGUCAGAAAAGGUCAGCAAGAUCAGUCUGGUGGACUUGGCCGGCAGCGAGCGAGCCGACUCCACUGGCGCUAAAGGAACCAGACUGAAGGAAGGAGCAAACAUCAACAAAUCUCUGACGACACUGGGGAAAGUUAUUUCAGCUCUUGCUGAAGUGGACUCAGCACCAAACAAGAACAAAAAAAAGAAGAAGGUGGAGAAUUUCAUCCCCUACAGAGAUUCAGUCCUGACUUGGCUACUGAGGGAGAACCUGGGAGGAAAUUCUCGUACAGCCAUGGUGGCCGCCCUCAGCCCUGCUGACAUUAACUACGAUGAGACCCUCAGCACCCUCCGGUACGCUGAUCGCGCCAAACAGAUCCGCUGCAACGCCGUGAUCAACGAGGACCCCAACAACCGCCUGGUGCGUGAGCUGAAGGAGGAGGUGGCUCGCCUCAAAGACCUGCUGUACGCACAGGGCCUGGGAGACAUCAUCGAGAACCUGUGCGAUUACAAGAAUUUCGUAAAUAAUCGCCAGGCUGUCAAUCAAAGGGGUGAUCUCUCCGCAGUGUCCAAUGCCAUGACAGGAAUGAGUCCGUCGCCCUCGCUCUCGGCCCUGUCCAGUCGCGCCGGGUCCAUCGCCAACCUCCACGACCGCAUCUUCAGCCCGGCCAGCGAGGAGGCCAUCGAGAGGCUCAAGGAAACCGAGAAAAUCAUUGCGGAGCUCAAUGAGACAUGGGAGGAGAAGCUGCGGCGAACUGAGGCCAUCCGUAUGGACAGAGAGGCACUGCUGGCUGAGAUGGGUGUCGCCAUGAGAGAAGAUGGAGGCACUCUGGGUGUCUUCUCCCCGAAAAAGACCCCUCAUCUGGUGAACCUCAACGAAGACCCGCUGAUGUCAGAGUGUCUGCUGUACUACAUCAAAGACGGCACCACCAAGGUCGGCCGUGAGAAUGCCAAGACUCGCCAAGACAUUGUUCUCAGCGGCCAUUUUAUCAAAGAUGAACACUGCACCUUCAGCAGCACCACAGGCCCUCAGGGAGAAGGAUGUGUCAUCCUGGAGCCAUGUGAGGGGACAGAGACGUACGUCAACGGGAAGAGAGUGACCUCUCCUAUUGUUUUGCGCUCUGGGAACCGCAUCAUCAUGGGGAAGAGCCACGUGUUCCGCUUCAAUGAUCCAGAGCAGGCUCGUCUGGAGCGAGAGAGGACGCCGUGCGCCGAGACGCCCGUGGAGCCGGUCGACUGGGCCUUCGCUCAGAGGGAGCUGCUGGAGAAACAAGGCAUCGACAUGAAGCAGGAGAUGGAGCAGAGGCUUCAGGAGCUGGAAGAUCAGUACCGCAAAGAAAGAGAAGAAGCCAGUAACCUGCUGGAGCAGCAGAGGCUGGACUACGAGAGCAAACUGGAAGCUCUCCAGAGACAAGUCGACUCUCGGUAUCUGGAGUCUCCUGAGGAAGAAGAGGAGCCCGAGGAGGAAGUGCCGUGGACGGAGCGUGAGACUGAGUUGGCGAUGUGGGCGUUCAGAAAAUGGCGUUUCUACCAGUUCACCUCUCUCAGGGAUUUACUCUGGGGCAACGCCAUCUUCCUCAAAGAGGCUAAUGCUAUCAGUGUGGAGCUGAAGAAAAAGGUGCAGUUCCAGUUCGUCCUGUUGACCGACACUCUCUACUCUCCCCUGCCCCCCGACCUGCUGCCACCCUGUGUGGCCAAAGAGAGGGAGAGACGACCCUUCCCUCGAACCAUCGUUGCCGUUGAAGUGCAAGAUCAGAAGAACGGAGCCACACAUUACUGGACUCUGGAGAAACUCAGGCAGAGGCUGGACCUGAUGAGAGAAAUGUACGACCGAGCUGCAGAGCUCCCCAGCAGUGCUGUGGAGGACUGUGACCACGCGCUGACCGGAGGCGACCCCUUCUACGACCGCUUCCCCUGGUUCCGCCUGGUCGGCAGGGCUUUUGUGUACCUGAGUAACCUGCUGUACCCGGUGCCCCUGGUGCAUCGCGUGGCCAUCGUCAGUGAGAAGGGAGAGGUGAAAGGCUUCCUCAGAGUGGCUGUGCAGGCCAUCUCAGCCGAUGAAGAGGCCCCUGAUUAUGGCUCUGGUGUGAGGCAGUCAGGCACUGCCAAGAUCUCCUUUGAAGACAAACAGUUUGAGAAGUUCCAGACCGAGUCGUGUCCCGGCGGUCUCUCGCACUCCAACACCUCCCAGGAGGAGCUGCGAAUCGUGGAGGGAGAAGGACAGAACUCGGACAUCGGAAUCUCUGCCGAUGAAGUCAACAACAACACCUGUCCAGGUGAGGAGACAGAAAGCGGCGACAUCCAAGCCAUUGAAGCUCCCCAAAGCCCAGCCAAGAGUACAGGCCUGGGUCUGGAUCUUCCUCUGGACCUCUCCCCGGAGAAAGCUCUGUCGCACCUGAAGAUCGGCAGCACCUUCACCUUCAGAGUCACCGUCCUGCAGGCCUCCAGCAUCUCGGCCGAGUACGCCGACAUCUUCUGCCAGUUCAACUUCAUCCACCGCCAUGAUGAAGCUUUCUCCACCGAGCCGCUGAAGAACACCGGGAGAGGACCUCCGCUGGGCUUCUACCAUGUUCAAAAUAUCACGGUGGAGGUGACGAAGUCCUUCGUGGAGUACAUCAAGACUCAGCCCAUCGUCUUCGAGGUGUUCGGUCACUAUCAGAAGCAGCCCUUCCCUCCGCUCUGCAAAGACCUGAUCAGUCCACUGAGACCUUCCAGGAGGCAGUUCCCCAGGGUGAUGCCCUUAUCCAAACCAGUGCCGGCCACGAAGCUCAGCACCCUGACUCGCUCCACCGCGGGACCCUGUCACGCCAAAUACGACCUCAUGGCCUUCUUUGAGAUCUGCGAGCUGGAAGCUAACGGAGACUACAUCCCAGCUGUUGUCGACCACAGAGCCGGGAUGCCCUGCCACGGCACGUUCCUCUUACAUCAGGGCAUUCAGAGGAGGAUCACAGUCACCAUCGCUCACGAAACAGGAAAUGAUAUCGAGUGGAAAGAGGUGAAGGAGCUGGUUAUCGGUCGCAUUCGAAACACACCAGAGGCUGAUGAGACCAUCAUAGACCCAAACAUCCUGUCCCUCAACAUCCUGUCCUCCGGAUACUUCUGGCCAAAACACAACGACAACGUCUCCUUGGGAGUUGAUCAUAGAACUUUCUACCGAUUUGAGGCAGCGUGGGACAGCUCGAUGCACAACUCUCUGCUGCUGAACAGAGUCACUCCCUAUGGAGAGAAGAUCUACAUCACCCUCUCUGCUUAUCUAGAGAUGGAGAACUGCACUCAGCCAACAGUGAUCACCAAAGACUUCUGCAUGGUGUUUUAUUCCCGUGACGCGAAGCUGCCGGCUUCUCGCUCCAUCAGAAACCUCUUCAGCACCGGCUGCCUCCGGCCCUCUGAGAGUAACCGCGUCACCGGAGUCUAUGAAGUCACCCUCUGCCACGUGGCGGACAAUGGAAGCCCAGGCAUGCAGCGUCGUCGCAGGCGCGUGCUGGACACCUCUGUGGCGUACGUCCGAGGAGAGGAGAACCUGGCUGGAUGGAGGCCUCGCAGUGACAGCCUCAUCCUGGACCACCAGUGGGAGCUGGAGAAACUCAGUUUACUGCAGGAGGUGGAGAAGACCAGGCACUACCUGCUGCUGCGGGAGAAGCUGGAGGCGACUCUGCAGGCAGGACAGGACGCGCUCUACAAGAGCAGCGACAUCAGCGACUUUGCAAAGAGCCCCGUCCUCAGCCACAGUCCCGGCAGCAGCCCUGCCCUCGACAGCCCCAACCAGAGGCAGAGGGAGCUGGCUGCCAAGUGUCUGCGUCUUCUGAUGCACACCUUCAACAGGGAGUACAGCCAGGUGAGCAGCAGUGCCAGUGAGAGCAAGCUCUCUGAGAUGUCGGCGUCGCUAAUGAGAGACUCCUCCUCGUCUCUGAGCACACUCACCCCGUCCUCGACCUGCCCCUCACUGGUCGAGGGACAUUAUGACAUCAGACACACUGAACCCAGUUCAGGAGCCUCAACACCAGAUCUGGACCCGUACAGCCCAGUGGACAGAAAGAAAGCUCUCAGAGGAUGCACCUUUGUCCCCGACAUCCAGGAGAUUCGUGUCAGCCCCAUUGUGUCAAAGAAAGGCUACCUGCACUUCCUGGAGCCCCACACCAGCGGCUGGGUGAAGCGCUACGUGGUGGUGCGCCGGCCCUACGUCUACCUGUACCGCAGCGAGAGGGACAGCGUUGAGAGAGCCGUCAUCAACCUGUCGUCGGCGAAGGUGGAAUACAGCGAAGACAAACAGACCCUACUGCGGACUCCCAACACGUUUGCUGUGUGCACCGAGCAUCGUGGGAUACUGCUACAAGCCACCAACGAUAAAGAGAUGCACGACUGGCUGUACGCUUUUAACCCACUGUUAGCCGGCACCAUCAGGUCAAAGCUCUCCAGGAGAAAGUCGGUCCAGUCGGCCCCCGCUGCGCAGAGGAUGUGAGAAGUGAACAAGCAAACAAAAAAAAACAUACAAUCUAAAAGCUCCACUUACCAUCUUGCUCUAAUGAACAUAGACCAUAUAAACAAUAUACAGCCAUUUAAAUAACCUUGUAUAUGACGACUGUCUCAGUCCCAAACAUCACUUGAUUGCUCAUCCCGAAAAAAAACCCCAACGAAACUGUCUUUACUCUGUUUUUGCAGCCACCACCUGAAAACCCUGCAUGGUGUGAUUCUCCCCUGACCUUUAGAAGAAACCUAAGACAAACUAACGAUCCAAACCUGUUAAUUAACUUACCUGUGCUGGGCAUUGGGACUAGUUUUGAUUAGUUUCCGUGUAGAAAUCUGCGAGGCUACCAGUUCCCUGUAUAUAGUUAUCAGAAGAUCAAGUCCCUUUCUUCAUCAUAGUAGCUGAGAAUAAGUCCCCAGUUUGAAUCAGCCAUUCACGUAUUUCUGAAUAACGCCAUCAGAUGAGGAGGAAAGAUGACAAUAGCUCCACGUGUAUCCAUCAUAUACUGUGCAUUACCUCAGUUCGGAUUGGCUUGGUGCUCUACAGCAUAGAGUAUUUGUUUCACUGCAGAGGUUUCAGAUGAAGAACAGAUCAGCCGUUUCAACUUUGACGUAGCAUGAGGAAUUUGUUAGGACAAAAGGGUGAGUUGUUGUUAGUGUUGUAUCCUUUUCUAAAUGAGUUCGUUGACCACACUGAGGAGAAAUAAUCCAUUACCAGGAGAGAUGGCUCGUGUCCUUGCCUUGUUUUUUUAACAUGAUCCCUUGUGCUUAGAACCACAAAGAAUAUUGUUAUUUAUUGUUGCUAGCGUAUGUCCUGUGACAGGACCACUGACCACUUAUGUUGCAUGGCACUUUAUUGUCUUUAUUGAGUUGAUGUGUUGUAUCUCACAUUCACACAUUUGUUCUUACCAAAGCUUUAUUUUGUUGUUUUAAAUCUUUCAAAUCAUUGUUCACUUGUACAGUUGCAUUAACAGAUAUUUGGGAUGUUAAAGGAAUAGUUUGACAUUUUGGGAAAUCUAUUUCUUGCUGAGAACUAGUAGCUGGUUGGGUUAGCUUAGCAUAAUGACUGGAAACAGGUGGAAACGGCUAGCCUGGUUCUGUUCACAGGUACCGAUACUGGCAUACCAGCACCACUAACAGGACAGUGGUUAUAAUGUAAAUUCAAAUAUGCUCGCAAUGUCAAAUAGAAAUAGAAAUUGAAAAAGGUGCCGCGCAGUAACUAAACGUACAGUGUGCUGCAGGUCUGCAUGUGGUUUGUCCACGUGGUGUUGCCGUACCCCAGAUAAAAAGCUGUUGCACCAAAGUUAACUUGUAAAUAUGUAAAUAUAAAUGACAAUUCGCUCAACCUUGGCAAUGAUACCUGCAUCCCUGAGCUUUAAUCUUUACCUACAUGUACAAUGAGACAAGGGAAGGGACAAAGGAACAACAGCAAUGAAAUACACAACAAUACACUGUUUGACAUUUCUAUAAAAACAAGAAUUAUAAUUACAAAAGGUUGAUCAAUGUGUAAUUAUUAUUAUUAUUUUUAUAAAUAGCAACAAAGUGGACAUUUUUGGCUUGGGACACCCCCUUGCAAACUGGGGCCCCACAAAGUGACCUCAGUUUUGACUCAAAUUUCUACGGCCUUGACGCCACUUAAAUAAAAUCCAUAUACAUCAUUUUUUGAUCCACUUGACAUUCAAUGCCUUACUGAGCGUCAGCGGUGCUGGUAGCCAGGCUAGCUCUCAGUCUCCGGUCUUUAUGCUAGGCUAGACACAGUCCCAUGUGCAGUAGAAUUUCCCAAACUGUUUCUACAAACUUAUCACUGACACCCAAACUGACCUGAGAUGUUUUACAUGAUGAAUACACCAGGAGGACAGCUGUACUGUAGAUCGGUGGUUUUACUUUAAACAAAGGAGCACUUGUUCUGUCCGUUACGGUCAGCCGAGUCGCCGCAUUAAAGUUUACUUUUAAAGUCUCGUCUAGUAGCUAAAUAGAAAGUUGUGACUGACCAUGGACCUGUAAUCUGUCGAAGGCAGUUGCUUUGAGCGGGGCAAGAGCGUUGUCCAUGCACCAGAUAGUGCCUCCCUUUCUUCACCUCUUUUUCUUCUCUCCCUCGUCCAUCGUUGUCACUGUAGUUAGUCACAUGUGUCCAGGAUUAAGCUUUUACGUAGAGUUAAACUAGAGGCUUUUUUUUCAUAUCGAUGAUCUAUGUUAAUGUUUUGGAGAGUGAAUAUUAUCAAUGAUGCUAUAAUGGUAUGUUGGUACAGCCUGUUACACUAGAGUACAGCGUAUAUCUCAUUAUCAUUGACCGUAAAUGUUGCAUUUCACAGUAAAAGCAAUGCCCUCCCCUUCUUAGCUCUUGGCUUUUGUACUGUAGCUGCUAGAUAUUUGACAGCCUGAUGCUUGUGUGGGAAACCAGUACAGUAUGAUGAGCUUGGUGCUGACUUUUUAUGUUCAGGGAUGGUUUCUAGUUUAUUUUAGCUGCAAUAUGUUAUUUUUUUCACUAUACCAAGAUGACCCCAAGUGUUAAGUAAUGAUGGUAAACUGAUAAUACGCUAUCCCUGCUGAGUUUGUGUUGUACCAUCUGCAUAUGAGGGAAUGUCAUCUGCAUCUGAAGAACAUCCUCUACCAAAGACAUGGUCAGCAAACCAUUUUGUCUUCACCAUUUUUCCUUCCUGUUUUGUCUCUGACUGGUUAUGAUCAGCUUUCAACAAUCAGCCUGACUUAUAUCAGUCAACAGAAAGUGUUGAGGACUCUGUACGCCACAGGCCAGCCAACCUGUUGAGCAGUGCAGCCUGAUACUUUCUUUAUUUCACAUUUCACUUCAGAUUUGUUGGUACUUUUUUUUUUGCUUUUGUGAUUUUUAAUAUUAUAUUAUGUCUGUUACCAUAGAAUUUAAUGGGAUUUUGACAUUUAUUCCUGAAUGUUUUGGGUCAUCUUGGUAUAAUCAACUUAAGUUGUUCUGUAAAAAGCUCAAAGAUAUAUACUGUGUGUUGUCUGCUGGAACAGAAGACAAAGGAAAUUUUUAUUUAUAAAGUUUUGAAGGAUGGAUUAUGUUAUAAUAUAUUGCACUCACGCACAAAGCAUCUUUAUUUACUAUGAUUUUACAUGGUGAUGUUUUUAAGAAUGUAUGGAAAAGACUGGCUCGUGGUUAAAAAAAAACAUUUUACAGCCCUGUCCUGAUGGGAGGAGAAGGUUAUAUAUCUGAGACUGUGUCAUUUUUGCUUCAGCAAUCAAACCACCAACAAACUCGCUGCACCAAAUUGCAUUGAUUUGUUUUAGUUUAAAACUGGCGGAUGACUUGCAAUGCUUCCAGCCCUUAUAGUUCAGGGUAUCAUGUUAAGGAACAAACACUUUGUGAGACAGUUUUAGUGCACCGGCCAAUAAUCGUUGAAAGGUAAAUGAGUUGAUUAUUUUAUAUUUGGCCGCUUUUUAACUGUCAUAGCUCUGGAUCGAUGCAUGCAGGUCCACUUAUCUUCUGCUGUACUCUGUCCCUCUCUCCUGCCUUACCCCUUUGCUAAUGACAACAGCUUAUCUCCCCCCUAAAGUGCUUCUUGUAAAGUAUUGUCAUUCAUGAUCCUUGUAAUGACUAACUGGAAACCUUCCUCUUGGCUCUGUCUUGUAUAUAAAUGGAGAUUUUCUGUGUUGGGUCUCAUCACACAGAUGAUAUUAACUCUCUCUUCCUCUGUAUACCAUGAUGAAUAAGAAUAACUAGGCCUGCUGCUUCGUCAAGUGUCACCUAGGGUAAAGAGAGCUGAUCUGGGAUCAGUUUUUGCACAUUUCAGCUCAGCGUGUGGGUGAGGUGGCCGUCGUGGACCGGGUUGAAUAUCCCAAGGUCUGCUCUUUUGCUCGGAGCUGCUUGGCAGAGGCAGAAACAGGUCCAAGCCUGUGAUGAAGUCUUAAUCUCAGUGCUCACGUUUAUCUUUUGAGUGUUCUGGAGUUCUUUCUCAUGUCUGUGGACACGUAACAAAAGUUGUCAAGAAAAAAAUAAGGUGAAUAAAUAAAUGAGUGUUGAAACUUAUGAAA